AUGGAAAGCUUGAGAGAGAGACUGUACGCUUUGAACAAAUUAGAUGAGCGAUGGAUGAUGGCUCAAUGGGCGACAAAGAUGGCACAACAAAGGCGAAAGAGUUGGCACGACAAGCAUUUGCGAAGAAUGCGGUUUACCCCAGGGCAACUUGUAUUAAAGUUUAAUGGGUGCAACGAGAUCAAGCCCGAAAGAUUCAAGGUAAAGUGGCUGGGCCCUUUCAAAGUUCGCGAGGUCGGCGCGAACGGGGCGAUCAAGCUGUGGACACUGGACGCGCAAGAGAUGCAGGACACAGUGAAUGGCUCUAAAUUGAAGGUGUACCAUGAGCGAGAAGGACCCAACCAGCGGCACAAGUAA